UUUUGCAAUUAAUUAAAACUCCGGUGGUAAAGAUUAGGGAUGGAGAAGGCCUUACGACCUCUGUUCGUUGCUCGCUGAUGUCCUGGGAAUCGAAUCAAUCGAUGGUUUGUGUUAUUCGCUUACUGAAUUGCUGGAGGCUAGCGAAGGAGGUGCCGCUGGGUGGAUUCCUGGGAUUGGUGAAGCUGGUGCAGCUCCUGGGAGCAGGGGCGGAUCCAGGAUCUUUUGUUAUUGGGGGCACUCCUAAAGAUAGAGAGAGAAAAAAAUCAUAUAAUUAUAAAUUAACUUCAAAAUUAUUUGAAAUUACUUGGUAUUAGUAAAACAAAAAAAUAUUAUUUCCUCC